UAGACACUCAAUAAUACAAUGGCAUUUUUGUGGCAUGCAUAAAUAUAUAUGUUAAGUAAGUGGAUAUGUCAAGUACAGCAUUUAUUCAGUAGCUUUGCAGAUUAUAUCAUUGUCAAUCAGCUACAUCAGCAACAAGUGUUGUUGACAUUACUCAGACUCUUAAGUAACAGAUAAAAACAUGAUCAUUAACAUUCUGGUAACAACAAGCUUAUAAUAGAGGAUCUGCAUGUUAAAUAAAUGAAUGCUUUCAAUAACACAGUUUGCAGAAACGUAUAUAUGCAACAUAACAGCGCACAUAUGAUGCUCCAGCAAGACACUCCCUUCAGAUACAGAGUGGGGGCAGUACAGCAGCAUAGUAGGAGUGUCAUCACAAAGUUGUCAGUUCACUCCAGGGCUUUGAGGAGGCAAGAUCGCUCAGCAAGUAGGUGCAGGUGGAAAGCACAAACUGCAAGCGGUCAGUCAGAAAGCCAUUCUAAUAGCAUCAAGCUGGCAGCACCCUUCAGGCAGCUGUAUGGCUCUGGCUCCCCCCUUGAGAGUGACUAUGACAGGUUGUACCCCGGCCACAUCCCCACCAGCCCUGUCCAGAAGGCCCUGUUAGCAGUGGGGUCUGGAGUGGCGGCUCUACAGGACCCUUACAGACAUGACAUGGUUGCGGUUCUGGGUGAGACAACAGGCCACCUGGCUCUGGUCCGGUUACGUGAUCGCAUGAGGAAUGACCCCGAGGGAUACACCAUCCUCACAGAGCGACCCCGCAUCCGCCUCUCCACCCUGGACCUGGCCCACAUGGCUGCUCUUCCGGAUGGCUCCUUUGGGCGGGAGUACCUCCGUUUCUUGGAGGAAAAUAGAGUAACUCCAGACACCAGAGCAGAUGUGAAGUUUGUGGACAACGAGGAGCUAGCAUAUGUCAUGCAGCGCUACCGUGAAGUCCACGACCUCCUGCACACACUCCUAGGGAUGCCCACCAACAUGCUGGGAGAGGUAGCGGUGAAGUGGUUCGAAGCAGCUCAGACGGGGCUGCCCAUGUGCAUCCUGGGAGCAGCCCUCGGCCCACUGCGGCUCUCCUCCAGUCGUCUGCAGACGUUGGCGAUGUCUCUGGGUCCGUGGGCGCUGCGUAGUGGCAGCAGGUCUCGCUGUGUGUUGAGCAUCUUCUACGAGAGGCGCUGGGACCAGAGUCUAGAGGAGCUGAGAGAGGAGCUGGGCAUCGAACCACCGCCCAUCUCCCUCACCACCACAGCUAAGAGCACGGACAGCACACUCAGUUGAUGCUGGACUAGAAUGAAUAUAAAGUUUAAGUGUAUGUAAAUAUACUGUAUGAUAAGUCAUGGGUGCGUCCUUCUGCGAGCAAUGCUGACCUUAGCGUCUAGAGGAGCUGGGAGGCAAUUUGGGAAUGGAGCCACCGCCCAUCACCCUUAUCACCAUGACUAAGAGGGAGAGUGUGUGUUUGAAUACUUUAUACUGUGUAAGCAAAUGCAUGUGUGUGCAAUAUGAGUUAUGGAUAUCUUUUUAAGUCCAGUUGUCUGUGCCGGACGUCACUUACCACAGAAUGAUGUCUUUGCACUGAGUGGAUGGAGAUGAAUCAAUCUUCUACUCUACCUGACUGUGCGUGCGUGGGAGUUGAUUAAAAGAAAAGCCACAGUGCGUCACAGCUAAAGGAUGCUGUCUACCUGAUGAAAACUACUGUACACCUGGCACAUUGCCUGUCUGAUUUGUUUGUCCCUAUUGUUUUCCUUCCUUGUUCUUUGUUCCAUCCUGUUGGGGGGAGAAGGGGUUUUCACACAUUGACUGCCCGUCUGUUCCAUUUCUAGUCUGUAGUUUACAGCUGUUGGACAACGUUAUUGUGCUUGUUUUACGGUGCUUGGCCUUUGGGCUUAAAAUGCAUUCUCAUCUAGUCACAUGUAUACAGGAAAUACCGAAUGACCCAGAUGAUGACAACCACAUGACAAGUCACAAUGGGCUCAUUGCAUGUGCUCUUAAAGAACUUGUUUGUUAAAACUUGUUUGUCAGUAUGUGUGUGGGCCUUCAGGAUAUCUGGAACAAAUUGUCAUUUAAUAAAAGGACAUUUCAGCCA